AGGUGUCAGUGAUUCAUUUGUUUUGGGUGUGUUUUGGUUUUUGGAAAAUUUCUAUUUUUUAGUGUUUUCUGCAAUUUUAUUCCAUUUUUUGGUUUAAAAUGAAUUUAUUUGUGUACGCCCUCACCUUUCUGGCUGUUUUCCGGACAGUGUCCAGCAUCAGGUGCUACGUGUGCAAUGCCACAGACACUUCCUCACCCUUCCAAUGUGGGGAGCUCUUUGAGCGAUACGAUACGCCAGAUAUUGAGCCCCAAGAUUGCUCCGAUGUCCACGGGGCGCAGUACUGUGUGAAGCAUAUUGGCAGAUUUGAAGCUGGGACCAUUUCCUGCUAUCAGUGCUCUUCCGGAGAGACGAUGGACUGCUCAGAUCUCCUCAUUAACAUGCCUGAUUCAUCAAUUAAACCUGAACCUUGCGAUUCAGUCAUCGAUGCUCAGUUUUGCAUAAAAUCUACUGCUCUUUACGGUGGCAUUGGGGCCAAGAGAUUCUGUUCGUCAAAAGAUCUUGGCAAUUACUGCAAUUACGUACAGAAUGUGGGAGAUCAGAUGGAGUAUCGAUCGUGUAUUUUUACCUGUUCCACUGACGGCUGCAAUUUGUCCAGCUCCUUGAGAUCAUCUCACGUCUUCAUUGCAAUCUCAGCUGCCAUCAGCCUCGUUCUCCUUCUCGCUUAGACUUUAGUCAAUUGCCCCACAGAGUAUUUUGUCCACGUAAUUCCGUCCAAUUUCUAUCUGUAAAUAUUGUGUGAAGAUAUUUUUUUUGGAGUAUAGUCUCGACUUCAUCGAUAUUCCGUCCACGUUGGAGCUUUAAAAAAAAUAAAAGAAUGCUUGAAACACUUUUUAUCCAUUUCUCUUACUUAAAUUUAAAAACACUUCGCAUCUCUCUGGCAAAGAUCACAAUUGCAGAGCCACUAUCUUUCAUGGUUCUCUGACUGAUGUGAAGAUACCAUCAACAGUAAAUUCUUGAUUUACCAACCGAAUAAAGAGAGAAAAUUUCUUUAUUGAGCACUAAAUUAGCACCACCCUGAAAUACUUUUUUUUGUAAUACUGUGGUGGGUGAUGGGAUAGUAUAAAAAAGAUUUCUCCUCUUAUUUCAAUAAUCACAAAUAUUUGUUUUUCUUUUCACUUUCUUACUAAAUAUUCCCUGCUUCGUAAGACAUCUCUUUUGCACUUUAAUUAUUUUUAGCGUAAGAGCUAUUAUUUCUUGAAUAAUUCAUUUGGACUCUUUGGAGGCUUUGGAGUGUUUUAUUUUAAACAGAAUGCAUCAUUCAAGCUUUUGACCUCCAAAUAUUCAAUUUACAAAUUUCUCUUUAGCAUAAAAAAAGAGUAACACAUCGGGUUUGUUGUUCUCUUACAAAAACACGCGGAUCUUUUGAAAUGCUGUGAAGAUAAAAGGAACAUGAAAAUAGUUUCUUAAUUUUUUGAUCGUUAAGAUCAUUAACUGAUAAAUUUGAAGGCAAUUGGACUUUUCUGUACAUUCUUUAAAGUAUUUUUUGAGGGGAAGUUUAAUGAACUCAAUAAAAUAACUUCACAGAAAAAUGCUGUAGGUUGUAGGACAAUUUUUAAAUUUCACAUGAUCUUUUAAAGAUUUUCAAAAAUUAAAGAAACUAUCUUAAGAAAACGACAACUUAACCCUCAAUUCUCAGAUAAAAAACUUUUAAAAUGUUUUAUUCUAUUAUGGGAUCUACACAUUGGGAGCAAUUUUUGUCAAAAAUUGUUUUUUUUUUUUUUUUGAAGGAAAUUCCCUACAGCGUUGUAGGGGGAAACGUCAAAUUUCUGUCAAAAACGCAAUUUUUGACGAAAAUUGCUCCCAAUGAUGUAGACACAUUGGGAACAAAUAAAACUUUAAAGAAAUUUAACACGUUAUGUUUGAUAUUGAAUGAAAAAUUCAAAUGAGUUCUUAAAAGACGAUAAAAUAUUUAAAACUGAAAUUUGUAAUGGAAUGUGGAGAUAAUUUAUUUCUUCAAAACCAAAAUAAAAGGUAAUUCAUUAUAAGGAAGCCUAAACAGUCUGAUUAGGGGGACCAGGAAAACGGAAAACCUCACAGGAAACCUUUAAGAGGCUAUAAGCACUCUUGUAGAAUCCUUUGUUAUUCCUUGACAGAAAUAUAGACCGAUGCCUAGGUAAUUUAUUAAAACACUUGAGAAUCAAUCGAAAGCCUCUAAAAGAAAUAAGAACUUAUAGAAACCAUUAGGAACCCAUGGGUAGACUUGGAAAUUAAUAAGAAUUCUUAGACACCAAUGGGAACCCAUAGGAACAUAUUAAAUUUUUUUUUUAGAAACUCUUGGGAACAAAAUGGGAACCAAUGGGAACAUUCUGAGUCUAUUAAGACGUCUGGCGAAUUUAUAGGAACACAUAGAAAUUAAUAAGAAUUCUUAAGAAGUAUGGGAAGUCCAUGAGAACCCUCCGAAAAUCCUAAGACUUUAGUGAACUAAUGGAAACCCUUAAGAGCACUUGGAAAGUAUUAGGAACUCUUGGGAAUUAAUAGAAACCAAUGGGAAUAUUUAGAAAUUAUUAGAAAGUCUUGGGAACUCUUGGAAACAAUCUGAGAUUAUUAAGACAUCUUGCGGAUUUAUGGGAAUCCAUGCCAUGGGAACACCUGGAAAUUAAGAAAGAUUCAUAAGAACUAUUGGAAAUCUAUGAGAACCCUCGGAAUAUUCUAAGAACUUUAUUGAACUGAUGGAAACCCUUUAGACCACUUGGAAAUUAUUAGGAACUCUUGUGAACUGAUGAAAACCAAUGGAAACAUUUGAAAAUUAUUAGAAAGUCUUGGGAACUCAUGGGAACACUUGAAAAUUAAUAAAUAUUCUUAAGAACUGUCGGAAAUCCAUGAGAACCCUCGGAAAAUCCUAAGAACUUUAGUGAACUGAUGGAAAUCCUUCAGAUCACUUGAAAAUUCUUAGAAACUCCCGGGAAAUAAUGGAAAUACAUGGGAACAUUCUGAAAUUUUAGGAACUCUUGCGAACUGAUGAAAACCAAUGGGAACAUUCUAAAAUUAUUAGAAAGCCUAGGGAACUUAUGGGAACAUUCUGAGAUUAUUAAGACGUCUUGUAAAUCUAUGGAAAUCCAUGGGAACACUUGUAAAUUAAUAAAAAAUAAGUCUUCGGUAACAAUAGACAUCUAUAGAAACCCAUGGGAUCAUUUAAAAAUUAUUAUGAACUCUUGGGAACAUUCGGAAGUUAUUAAGAAUUCUUAAGAAUCGAUAGAAGCCCAUAAGAACACAUGGAAAUUUAUUUAAAAAAAAAAUCUUAGGACCUAAUUAUUAUUAAUCGUAUCGGAAUAUACUUAUUAUUACAAUUCAAUCAUGUUGUCGUAUAUCCCGUGUUGGAAGAAUAUGCUGAUCGUAGAUCGCCCAAAAGCACCUUCCCCGUAAUGUUUUUGGGCAGAGGCGGUGUAUUUUUAUUGCGUUAUAUCGCAGUGAAAAUGUCUUUUUCUAGACAUUCAGAUCCUCGCACCGGGCGGGACUCGAACUCACAACACUCUGUGAAUCAAGCCGGGGAUCGAUCCGUCCAAGAGCCAACUGUCUUGCCUAUUGCGUCACUGCGAUCCCCUUAGGACCUAAUGGAAACCCAUGAGAACCCUAGGAAUCUAAUAACAAUUUUAGGAAAAGAAUGAGAACACUAGGAGGAACCAAUGGAAAUUCGUGUUAACCCUCGGAAAAUUCUAAGCACGUUUAUGAACUGAUAUGAACCCAUGGGUACACUUAAAAAUUAUUAAGAAUUCUUAUAGGAAUAAUUGUGAAGCCGUAAGAAACCUUGGGUACCAAUAACUACCCUUGUAGGACUGAAGGUUUAGUCUUAUUCUCGAAUAUCUAGAUUCUAGUCAACAAGGGCUUAGUGAUUUUUCAAAACUUGUUGAUUACGCUUACAAUACUAAAUCAAAAUAUUCCAAAAAAUUGCGCCUGAGUAAGCCUUUAAACAAUGGGAACCAUUGGAAACUAAUUGGAAUCCUUGGAAACUAUUGGGAACACUUCUGACCGUUUUUUGGAAAUCAUUUUUCAAAGAAGUUACGUGAAGUUUUGAAACAAUAUGAAUCAAUUUCAUAAAUAACAUUUUUAAACAUUUAGUUUUAUUCAAAUUUAUUAAAGUUUUUUCACGUGAUCUUGCCGAAACAUGCAUCUACUCGUGCUUAAAAAAUCAUCAAAACAAACACUAAAUUAACCGAAUGGUAUAAUUUUAUUUUUAAAUAUCCCAACCGAUUUAGUGUUUAAAAUGGAAAAUUUUAUGCAAUAAUAUAUUUUUUAUUAUUGUGGAUUUCACGCUAGAGGAUCGUGAAAAGGCAAUUUAUAAUGACGCACGAUCACUUGAAGAUCACUGAAGAUCAAUUAUAUUGAUUAUUUGGUUGGCUUCAAGUGGCUUCCAAAAUAUAGUAAGAAAAAUAAAAUCGCACAUUACCUUUUUUCCCACCAUGCUUUUUAAAAUAUUUGCAUAUUUUGCAAUGUUUUUGAUUUUUUAGAAAAAGAGGUAUUCUUUUACUUUUUUUGUUUGUUUUGAAGCGAAAGUUUAUGGGGUUUAAAAGAAAAUAAUGAGAUGCAAAACUUUUGCGCAAUAAUGCUGUUGCAAUAUUUGAUUUAUUGUGUGCAAAAAGCAGUGAAAUUUUUAUUUUAUUGAUUAAUUAAACUCACGAUCAUUUAAAGAUCACGAAUCAAUGUUAAGAGAUGAAGGUGUUGAAGGCGUCAAGUCUUUUUUUAUUGUUGUUUUUGGUUGAAAGAUGCUUAUUUUAGAUUUAUUUUGCACACAAGCAAGAUUAUGUGAUCAUAAAAUAAAGGUAAUUACACCGAGAAAAAUGUGGAUGGUAAAAUUUACCAUCCUCCAUACAAAAUUCUAAUGGCCGGAUAGUAAAAAAGUCACCCAGCAAACGCGAUAUUAAAUUGGACUGUCAAAAAUUGUAGAAUCUAUUGCAUGGAUAGUAAAUUCUAAUAGCCGGAUGGUAAAUUCUAAUAUCCCCGGAUGUUAGAUUUUACUAGCCGGAUGGUAAAUUUUACUGGCAGGAUAGUAAAUUUUACUAGCCGGAUAUUAGAAUGAAAAAUGUCGGAAAAAUUUAUUUUUCCUUAUUUUCAUUGCUUUUUGGCCAUUGUUUGAGGGCUUGGGGCCCUUCUUGGAUGAUAUUUUCUGUAUUUCAAGCCAUUUUGGUGCGUGAAAAUUGACGACUGCGCCGAGAUUUGAACACGCGACAUUUGUGAUGACAGUCCAGCAUCUUCCAGGUGCGCCACGAAUUGCUAUAAUGUAUUCAAAGCAUAUCGGGAACGGUUGAAUCGGCACCCACGAUAUUCCAAAAUGACAUUCUAACAGCAGGAUGGGAAAUUUUACUGGCUUGGAUGGUAAUUUCAAUCCAAAUUACUAUCCUCCGUUAAAAUUUACUGUCUUCCAGUUAAAUUUUAACAUCUAAUAUGCGGCCAGUAAAAUUUACUUCCCGUAUAUUAGAAUCUAAGAGAGGUCAAGGUAAAAUCUAAAUAAGGAUAGUAAAUUUUACCAUCCGGCUGUUAGAAUUUACUAUCUAUAGGAUAGUAAAUUUUAAAAUGUCAAGAUGGUAGAUUCUAAAGGAAAGUUUCUAUGGAGGAUGGUAUUUUCUACUAUCUUUUGAGAUAGUAGAAUUUAAAGACACGAUUUGUAGAAAAUACCAUCCAAAUUUUUCUCGGUGUAAACAAAAAAAAACCUUAUGAAAAACUAAAGAUCAUCUGAAGAUCAUUUCUAAUUAAAAAAAAAAACUUUCAUUGAGAAAGAGGAGAAUUUGUCAACAUGAAAGGUUUAUCUCCAUGAGAAAUUACUUAAGAUUGCUUUUGAAGAUGAUCUUUUAAAGGUGAUCGGUACAUGAUCGUGUGAAGCUUUCACUACAAAAUUUCUUUCUCUUGUCUCUUUGACUUUUUGCAGAAGAUAAAUUUUGUGAAGAUGUAAAAUUUUAAAUUGCAAUUUCAUAGAUUUUAAAUCUUUCUUUAAAGUGAAAAUCAUGGAAAUUUUUAAUUCAGAAGAUAUUACGUCAGGAAAUUGGUGUGAAAUGAAGUGUAUUAAAGCAACAUGAUCGCAUUUAAAUCAUUUUAAGCAGAAAAUUCACUUGAAAUCCGGCAAAAUUAUUCCAUGAAGAAGCACGUAGACUUUCUUGUCCGCUGCACAAUGGAGAGUAUAAUUUAAUUAAUUUUUCUCAGCUGUUCAAAUGCUCUGUCCGGUUUCUGGGUGAAUUUUGGAGGAGAGAUUGUAAUCUGUUUUGUUUUUUUUUUAUAUUUUUGCAACGAAUAUUGUUCUCACAAUCAAGGUCGUGGGUUCACAAAUGAUUUAUUGUGUGGACUUUCUCACACAAUACCGAAUAUUGUUGGAAUGUUUCUUUUUAUUAAAAUGUGUUUCAAAGCAUUCUUUUGCAGAGCUCCAUGUUGAAAAAAAAAGAAAUAAUUUAAUAUCAAAUUCCGUCCAAGGUAUUGUUAAGAUCUUUUUGUAUACAAAAAAAAAACGUGUCAUGUAGUAGAGAAAAGUAAUAAAUUUGUAUGAAAUUGAGAGAAAAAAAA